GUUUAGGCUGACAGCAGUUACCAUCAACUGACAUCACCUUUGUAUACUCUCCGAAUCAACCUUGCUAUUGAAAUUGGUGAUCUGAUAGCCACACUAUUGAACAUUCUUCUGGAAGACUAGCAGAAGCCUAAAACCCCAUUUCCAGUUACCUUCGAGAUUGAUUGCCUGCGUGUUGGAACACAGUGUUGCGCAAGGGCGCUUCACAGCCAACCACCACCUGCACUAACUUGAUACAACAAGAAUGCCGAUCAAGUGCAUCUGCGCAAGGUUUCUGGUCUCGCGAGACCAACAGCCACCAGCCAAACUAGAGCGCCGGGCCCGACCCCCGGACCCCAAGGCACGGCGCCAGCGCCAGCGCCAGCGCCCACCACCACCACCGGCGGCCGUGGCGCGCAAUUCCAUCGAGGAGAUGCAUCACAAGGCGCGCAACACCACCCGCGCCCAUCUGCGAGAACACCACCGCCGGGUCCAAGCGUCACCCUUAGAGUCUCUCUCCGAGUCGGAAGCCAGGGACCUCGGGAUCGACUGCGUCGAACUCCCUCUCCGCCCAGAUGGGCUCUUACCUGAAGAGACAGACGAAGCCGUAUACUUCCACCCGUGGCCGCUGCGGCGCCUCGAGGCUCACCCUGUCGACAUGACGGACCCCACCACCCGGGAAUCUGCCCGAGUCAAGGAGAAGCUCUGGGCGCGCUUCGACCGGAAGGGGACUGACCAGGACGGCUUCCUGAGUGCGGUCCUCGCGGACGAAUUCCUUGAGUUCCUGCGCGAGGGGCCGCUGGGUCGUGAUACAUUGGAGCAGUUCUCGCUGUGGACUGAGGGAACCUUUGAAGGUGGCAUUAUUCGAUCGCGGUACAUGGAUUUCAGCGCCUCGGCGGAUCCGGAGGCGGGGCCUGGGGCUCCGCAUGCGGCGGAGUUCAAGUUCGAGGAGGCGUGGUGUGCGCGCAAGGGAAAUCCCCAUGUCAGUCUCAUCGUGACGCACAAGGUAGCUCCGGAGGAGAAGUUGCUGCGCACCGAAGUCCUGGCCCUGGUGGGCAUUAUGAGGACACGGCUGAGUCGGGCGGCUCUGAAGGAGCAUACGAUCAUCCCGAUCAACAUGAUAUCAUGCAUGAGACAGCGUCGAGCGAGGAUACUCCAGGCGCACUUCGACGGCGAAGACCUGGUGAUUCGCAAGAGCCAUCUCUACGACUUCACCACGCGAGAACUUCGCGAGAAGAACAUUCCCUUGUUCUUGCUUUACAUGGCCAGCAGGCCUAUCGGGGAUACCAAAGCCUACAAGAAACGGAUUCGGGAAGUGUAGCCAGUAGCUACCAAUGUGUGAGAUGACCAUGUGAAACUUCUCGCUCCAUGUAAAGCAAACCUAAAUCAAAAUUCAUUCUCCUUGGAAAUAUGAACACAAGAAGAACAAAUCCUCAUUCCCCAUGCC